CUCUCUCUUUUUGUCCUCUUUAUUAAAACCCCAAGCAACCCCAACAUUCCACCCUCUCUCGCUCCUCUUUGCUAAUUCCCAACAUUCUCUUUCAGCUAAUUCUUCUUGCAUUUCUCUCUCCCUGUUCUUGACUUUGGAUCUUCUUCCUCUCUUAUCAAGGGUAUUGAAUACUUGGUCAUUGUUACUUGGAAUUGAGCCUUGUGACCUGAUUUUUUAGGGUCACGAGGCAACUACCAGCUCCAUAGUUAGCUCAUCAGUUGAUUCCUUUAUACAUAUAUGGCACCUGUUUCAUUGCCUCCUGGGUUCAGGUUCCACCCCACAGACGAAGAACUUGUUUCUUAUUACCUCAAGAGAAAAAUCAAUGGUCGUAACAUUGAGUUGGAGAUCAUCCCUGAAGUUGAUUUAUACAAGUGUGAACCAUGGGAUUUGCCAGGGAAGUCAUUGUUACCGGGAAAAGAUUUGGAGUGGUAUUUCUUCAGCCCUCGAGACAGGAAGUACCCAAAUGGAUCAAGAACCAACCGUGCAACAAAAUCUGGAUAUUGGAAGGCCACAGGGAAGGAUCGUAAGGUGCACUCUCAGAGUCGAGCAAUUGGAAUGAAAAAAACCCUAGUUUACUAUCGAGGAAGGGCGCCACAUGGAUCUCGCACUGGUUGGGUCAUGCAUGAGUACCGUCUUGAUGAGAGGGAAUGUGAAACUGCUACUGCUUCAGGCUUGCAGGAUGCAUAUGCUCUUUGCCGUGUGUUCAAGAAGAGUACAGUGAUUGCCCCAAAAGUUGGGGAGCAGUAUGUUAAUGUCACCAGACAUGCAAAUCAGAUGACAAGUGAGCAAUCAUCAAGCAUUGAGCUCUAUUCUGAAGGAAGAGGAGAAGUUUUAGAGAGCACAAAUUAUUUGAUGCCGUGGGAUACAUGCUCAACCCAAAACGUAAAUGGGGCUCCAGCAUCUUACUCAUCAUUUCCCAAUAGUGGCACAAGGGAUAAUGGGAUGUGGUCACAGUUCUCAUCCGAUGACUUGCUCAAUCUUCCAACAUCUUCUUCAUCAUUUCCCAAUUAUGGAGCCAUACCUUACCCACCAUCCAAGGUGGAUAUAGCACUAGAAUGUGCAAGGAUGCAGCACAGGUUUACCAUGCCUCCCUUGGAGGUAGAGGACUUCCCACAAGUUGGCAAUUCUGAGCUGAAGAUGAUGACACAGGCCUCGGGUUCCAUGUCCGGAAGCAAACGUGAAACAGAUAUCUUGCAGGAAAUUCUUUCAGUUGCUCAUGUUUCCCAGGAAUUGAUAAACCAAUCCAGCUACUCACAGGCAUUAUGGGGAAGCAAUAGUGACAAUUAUGCUCCUCAUGAGAAUGAUUUUACUUUUAUGGUUGACACUAAUAAUUACAAUCAUAUGAAUGACAUGAACUCCUUGAGAUAUGUUGACAAAGCAUGGGAAGAUCCAAAUGCAAGAUCAAUAGACAUCAUAGGAGAUCUUCAUGAUGACUUCAAGGCUGAUCAGAGGAUGGUGGAGAAUUUAAGAUGGGUUGGAAUGUCAAGCAAAGAUUUUGAAAAGAGCUUUAUGGAAGAGCAAAAGGUAGUUCCAAUUGAGGAUAUUUCGAGCUUCCAAACUAUCAGGGAAGAGAAUGAGGUGCAAGCAGAAUCUGAGCAACAAAAUAGCAACAAAGAACUCAAUGAUACUGACAUUGACAAUUUCUCAUUGGAGUUCAUCAAUGAUGAUGACCCCAAUGUGAACUUUAUUGAUGAUGGCAACAUUGACUAUUCAAAUUCUUCAAGCUUUGAGGUAGUAGAGGAAACAAAAGUGAGUCAUGGAAUGUUUGUUUCCACUGGCCAAAUAGCCGAGACAUUCUUUCAUCAAAUAGCUCCUUCACAAACUAUCAAAGUUCAACUUAAUCCAGUAAUGACAAACAAACAUUCUAUAGAGAAUGCAGAGACAAUGGUUAUAAAUCAAGAGUACUCUUUGUUUUGGAAGUUUAAGGACUAUGCGUUGGGGAAGCUGAUAAAGCCAUCAAAGACAACAGCAAGUGCACUUUUAUACAUCUUUGCAAUUUUGUUGAUGCAUGGUGGUUAUUUGAAGGAACAAGUGGAAGAUUGGAAACCAGACCUUGUGGAUGUAAAAAUGAGAUCCCAAUCAGCUGAGAAAAUAACAUGGUAUGAGGAAGAAAAAAUUGGGAUUGUUGGUAUCAAGUGUGGGAAAGGAUUUAGUGUGGUCUUGAAGAAGAUAGGCAUCUUCCUCACCAUAUCUUUUGCUCUUUGUACCGUGUGGGCUAACCACAUUACAGUGAGCCCUUGAGCUCCUAAUUAAUUUCUUUUUGUUUUUAGCUUCUAACUUAAGAAUUUUAUAUAGAAGGAUCAAAUUAUUACAUUCUAAAAUUGGGUUUCCCCCACCAAUUUACUAGGACACAUUGUACCAAGAUAUAUACUUGUAUUUUAAUUCAUUAAUAUGUAAUUUCAAAUUCAUUCAAUCAUUUUUCUUUUAUCUUGU